CCCCGCGCCUCUGAGCAGCACCAGUGUGAAGAUGGCGGAGGGUGAAUUGAACGUGGAUAGCCUCAUCUCUCGGCUCUUAGAAGUGCGAGGAUGUCGUCCGGGGAAGAUAGUCCAGAUGACAGAGGCAGAGGUUCGGGGCCUCUGCAUCAAAUCCAGGGAGAUCUUCCUCAGCCAGCCCAUCCUGCUGGAGCUUGAGGCCCCCCUGAAGAUUUGUGGAGACAUCCACGGGCAGUACACAGACUUGUUGAGGCUGUUUGAGUAUGGCGGCUUCCCUCCAGAGGCAAAUUAUCUUUUCCUGGGCGACUACGUGGACAGAGGGAAGCAGUCCCUGGAAACCAUCUGCCUUCUGCUGGCCUAUAAAAUCAAAUACCCAGAGAACUUUUUCCUCCUAAGGGGCAACCACGAGUGUGCUUCCAUCAACCGCAUUUAUGGCUUCUAUGACGAGUGCAAGCGCAGGUUCAACAUUAAGCUAUGGAAGACCUUCACCGACUGCUUUAACUGCCUCCCCAUCGCCGCUAUUAUCGAUGAGAAGAUCUUCUGCUGCCACGGAGGGCUUUCACCUGAUUUGCAGUCUAUGGAGCAGAUCCGCAGGAUCAUGAGGCCCACAGAUGUGCCUGACACAGGCCUGCUGUGUGACCUGUUGUGGUCCGAUCCAGAUAAGGAUGUACAAGGCUGGGGGGAGAACGACCGCGGGGUCUCCUUCACCUUCGGGGCAGAUGUGGUCAGCAAGUUCCUAAACCGCCAUGACCUGGACCUCAUCUGCAGAGCCCAUCAGGUUGUGGAGGAUGGUUAUGAGUUCUUUGCCAAACGCCAACUGGUCACACUUUUCUCUGCUCCAAACUACUGCGGGGAGUUCGAUAAUGCAGGCGGCAUGAUGAGUGUUGAUGAAUCCCUCAUGUGCUCCUUCCAGAUCUUAAAGCCCUCGGAGAAGAAGGCCAAGUACCAGUAUGGCGGCGUAAAUGCUGGCAGGCCCGUCACCCCACCCCGCACCGCCCAAGCCCCAAAGAAGAGGUGAACCCUCAGCCAUGACCCCUGCCCCCCAGCCCGUCUUACCCCCCCCCGGUCUGCCACUGAGGCAACCCCUGUAAACACCCGCUGUAGAGUGAAGAUACUGGGCUUAUCUAGGUGCCCAAAUCUUUCUCCUCUUCCUCCCCAACUCCCUCUUCAAUUCCACUGACAGCUCUUUUCUUAAUGUGUAUGUGUACAUAACUUUGCUGUGACCAGUCUGUUUUAUUAUUAUUAUCAUUAUUUUUGCCUGUUUGUUCAGAUUUUUUAUAUUAUUAACAGUCUUUUUGGUGGUUUUACUUCUAAUGCUAUGUGAGAUUUUCUGAGGUUUUUGCAUUCUGUAAAGACGUGACGUGACGGAGAGACAACAAAUCUCUUUCAGUUGUUCGGAAAUGAUAAACCAGAUUGAACAUUAUUUUGCCUUGACCUCCCAAGAAACAGGGAGGAUCCUUUGUAGGUGUUUCAUUUAGGACUAUGGUUUGUGAGCAGAGCAGAAUCCACAAACAUAAACAUUUAUUACUUUAUAAACUUUAGAUAUUGAACCUUUGUGGAUCCCUCCAUUAGUUGCAUAGAAUGUGAACAUACCAGCUUUAAAAGAAUAUAAAUGCUAAAUCACACAGCACGUGAUUUAGCUGAACAUAACGUCCUCUGGGCAUCGAUUUCUCUGCUCUGUUAUCCCUCUCUGUGCCUCGACUACUCCCACACAGAAAAACACGCCGCUUUACUGACAAAGCUGGUAUUGAGCGCUUCCUUAAUCUAUUUAUGAUUCCUUCUAAUAACGAGAAUUUCCCCUGGACUAAUCUUCUUGUUUUGAUAUGAGAGCCGAGAGUUUUUGAUUACUCUGAUUUUAAUGAGACAGUUAUGGAUUUCAGAGCAGCAGGUAAACGUGUUUAUAGAAUUGUGCUUUGUAAAUCUGAGACUGAAGGAAAAGAAAUGUGGCACGCUUGGUUGUAGUUUUGCAAGAAUCGGACUUAUCAAGUAUUAAAAAUGUAAUGCAAGACAAGCCUCACAAAAUCCUCCAUAAUCUUAGAUCUGUUUAGUGCAGUGAGCAUGUAGCACUCCGAGAGAAAAAAAAAAGUUUGCUUUUUGAAGCUUGGAGUGAAUUGCCAGCCUUAAUCUCCUAUCACCCAAUCUGUUGAGGUUCAGGGUGUGAAAACUGGUGAAUGUGGGUGGAAGUCGAGGCUGCUUUAGAAAGGCUGGGUGAUUGUGUUGCCACCUGGUGUGUAAAUACUGCACUACAGCGCAAAAUAUUGCACGUCCCAUGUUUUGUAAAUUUGAAAAGUAUAGGAGGAUGGGCUUGUCAUUACAUCGCCAGUCAGUUACUGUCAUGAGGUACCACAGUUACCCUUAGCAACAGUAAAUCUGGUGAAUGUCACAACUUCGGUUUGCUGCAGAUGCAGUUAAAACUUUAAGGAAAAUAGUUGCCUCUUUUACCGUUUUCUUUUUGUUUUUAUUUGCUUUGUUGUUUUGGAUGUGUCUGUUGUUUUUACUUUGUUCUCCAUUCACAUCGUUUACUUUGAAUUCACUUAAUUUAUUUCCUUAAUGAAGGUAAGAUAAACAAAAAGGUGUUAUCAAAAGUUGUUUUGCAAUUUGUACAAGUUUGUUUGAAAGUAUAUACAUUCAA